ACAUAUUACUGCCCUCUGGAAGUCCUCUGCGUAAAAAUCGAUGACAUAGCAAUGGACGCCGCCUGCUUGGUCCGAGCCAAAGAGCCGCCGCCGCGAUGGCAAGACCAGGCACCGUGGCGCGGCGUGCCCGUGCGGUCCUCAGAAAGCGGCCUGCGGCUGCUCCAGAUGCUGGAGGCCACGGACGAGAGCCCGCGCAAGGCCUCGUUAUUAGUUAUCGGCGCCCCGGACCGCGACGUCGCGGAGCUGCUCGAGAGCCUUGAGAACAAGGAAGGGUGGCGAGACGGGUUGCGAGGAGCAUCACGAGUCGACCAACACUUUUUACUGGCGUUCGGCGACGCGCGGAGCCUCGCCGCGGCGGCGCGGGUCCUGGAAGACGACCUCUGUCGGGUCAUCGUGGUCGACGACCGCCUCGACGACGUGGACGAGGACGACCAUGCGGUACGGGAGCUGCCGACGUGCGCGUCUUGCUUCGACCGGCUAGAUCUAGACGACGACGACGACCGCGAGCCGCGCAAGCCCAACGGUAGUUGCGCCACGUGCCGGGUCAUGAUGCACCCGUCGACGGCGCGGUGCGUCAGGUGCAACGACAGCAAGCACAUCUGGGCCUGCCUCGUGUGCGGCGAACUGGGCUGCGGCCGCUACGCGCGGGAGCACGCCAAGGACCACGCCGCGGCGACGGGCCACGGCUUCGCGCUCGAGGCGGCGACGGGCCGCGUCUGGGACUACCACGGCGACCGCUUCGCGCACCGCGUGCGCGGCUCGCGGCGGUCCAGCGGCGAGAUUUCGUGCCGGAGGGAGCUCCCCCAGCUGAAGCUGCGGAGCCUGGCGGACCGCUACGAGCGCGUCCUUUGUGAGCGAUUAGAGGAGCAGCGGCGCUUCUACGAGGAGAGAUUAAGGGCCCUGCCGCCGCCGCCGCCGCGCGACGAUGGCGCUCUGACGAAAGCGUGCGACCGAGCGAAAGCCGCGGCCGCGGCCUGGGCCGCGCGGGCCGCCUUGGCGGACGCUAAACUACGCGCGACGCGCGCGACGCACGAGAGGUUAAGGCGGGCGGCGGCUUUAUCCAAGGCCAAGGCCGCCGCGGGCCGCGCGGCCGCGGCCGACGUGCGCCACGCGUCGCGAUCGAGUCUGGCCGAGGCGAAGGCGCAGCUCGCGGAUAUCGAAUUUGCGUGCCGCGCCCGCCGGGAGCUCUCGACGUCCGAGGCCGCGGGCGGCGCCGUCGUGGGCGUGGCCGCUGCACCAGAACCACCACCGCGCCGGGGGAAGAAGAAGGGGCGGCGCCGAUCUUAAAGUUGU